UCGUAUCUCUCUCCCCUGCCUGCAGCGCGAGCUCGCCAACUUCAAGAAGGAGCUCGAGCUCACCAACCAGAAGCUCGGCUCGAGCAUGCACAGCAUCAAGACCUUCUGGAGCCCCGAGCUCAAGAAGGAGCGCGCGCUCAGGAAGGAGGAGUCCGCCAAGUACAGCCUCAUCAACGACCAGCUCAAGCUGCUCAACUCGGAGAACCAGGCCUCUGCCUGCGCUCGGCGCUGCCCCUGACGCCGGCGGCCGCGCGCGCGGCCGCCGGCCCGGCGCCAGGGCCCCCGGCGACGCCCCCGCGCCGACCCCCGCGCGCGCCCCCGCGCCGCCCCGCCGCGCCCCCGCGCGCGCGCCGCGCCGACCCCGCGCGCCGGCCGGCCCCGCGCCGCGCCCCCGCCGCCCCCCGCUGA